UAUGCAAGAAGCACCUGUCUGUGUUUUUGACCUCGUCAACCAGUGCUGAGCUCUGCAGGUGCUGUUUGACGAGAGGAGACGCCGUAAGAAAGCUGUGCUGAUUUAAUGUGUUAAUAGUACAUUUUGGAAAAGAGGUUUUAAUAUAGGAAGUGCGUGAUGUUUCUUGAAAUUUCUCGGGAAGUCUUUGGUACACCAAUUUUUACACGUACAACCCAUGAAGAAUUGAACGAUAGGAAUACGAUCAUGAAGGCUGAGGUUGAAGGAAAAAAACAAGCAAGUCAAAAGGGGUUGACGAAACGCUUUCUCAUCACCGUGGGACUUCUUGCGGCAAUCGCAGUGGGGCCGCCCGGGUGUGAAGGAUAUGGCAUUCCAGACUUGGACGACCCCAAGUGGUGGCAAAACAUGGUGGUGUAUCAGAUCUACCCGCAGUCUUUCUAUGAUUCUGAUGGAGACGGAGUCGGUGACCUAAAAGGAAUCAAAGAAAAAGUCAACUAUCUUUGUGAGCUGGGAGUGACCGCAAUUUGGAUAAACCCAUUCUACGAAUCCCCGCUGAAAGACAACGGUUAUGACAUCUCCAAUUUCAAGAAAAUCCACCACAAGUUUGGUAACAUGUGUGACUUUAAGGCACUCAUGUCAAAACUUGAUAAUAAUCCCUGUGGUGAUAACAAAGAGAUCAGAGUGAUCAUGGAUUUCGUACCCAACCACACGAGCGACGAACAUGAAUGGUUUCAGAAGUCAGUCGAUAGGGUGCCUCCAUACAAUGAUUACUAUGUAUGGAUGGAUCCUAAAGGAUGGGACAAAAAUGGAAGACCAAUCCCUCCCAACAACUGGGCAUCAGUCUUCACCUACGGAGAAGAGGCGUCUGGAUGGGAGUGGAAUGAGAAACGACAGCAGUUUUACUUUCACGCUUUCAUGAGGGAACAGCCGGACCUUAAUCUUCGUUUCUCUGAAGUCAGAGAUGAAUUGAAGGAUAUCUUGAAGUUUUGGAUGGAUAUGGGAGUAGAUGGGUUUCGAAUGGACGCCGUGCCGCACCUUAUUGAGGACCCACAAUUCCGAGACGAGAGCCCCUGGUGGGAUCACAGAUACACGCAGAACCUACCGCAAACCUACGAGGUCAUCAAGGAACUCCGAAAUUUCUUCGAAGAAUACGACAAAAUAAACAAUCGAGUCACGUACAUGACUGUGGAAGCAUAUGCAUCGCCGGAUGAUACCAGACGGUACUACGGCACUCUAGAUGCACCUGGUGCUCACUACCCAUUCAACUUUCUUCUCCUCACUGAUUUCAAUUCGGACACGAAUGCUGUCAGCCUCAAAAACUCCAUUGACUUUUACUUAAAUCAACUCAACGACUUCCAGCUUCCCAACUGGUUGUCAGGGAACCACGACUGGCCGCGAAUCCCAUCAAGGCUGGGUGCCUCCACCUCAGUCGAUUUGAUCAGCAUAUUGAACUUGCUGUUGCCCGGCUCAAGCUGCGUGUACAUGGGAGACGAGAUCGGCAUGGACAGCUACUGGGCCAUUGACAGGGACAAGUGUCCACCAGGGGCUGCCGAUGACUAUCGCACGCCCAGCAGAACACCCUUCCACUGGAACAAAACUCAAAACGCAGGUUUUACGACGAACGAAGACCCGUGGAUUCCUGUAAACCCCGAGUAUUACAGGCUGAAUGUGGAGUCAGAACGCUACCCAUCAUGCUGGUACUGCUCCACCCACUUGACCAAUUUCAAGCAGCUGGUCCAGCUCAAAAAGGAAUAUGCGUUUAUGUAUGGGCCUUUAUCUACCUACACGCUCACUGAUGAUGUCUUCUGCUUUACCAGGGAAGAUUCAGAAACGAUGUAUGUGAUAGUCAUGAACGUGGGUACAAAUUGGAGCGAAACUUUUGACAUCACGGACGAGAUUCCAGACUUGGCGUAUGCUACCAGUAACAGUGUUGAGGUUUGGACCCCCAAUCUGAACGAAUGCAGAAGAAGCCCGAGGCUGUGUUUUUGUCGGAUACGGUCAAACGGUUGGAGGAUGCCCCCGAAGUCCGGAAUCGUUCUCUCCUAUACUAAAAAUGACGCUGGAAAACACUUGCAAAAAGACCAUGAGACCGAAAUGCUGAGCAGCUGUGAAUAGAACGGAUGACUUCUAAGAGGCGAAUAUUAAGUCACCUAUAAGCGUAGGAAUCAACUUCGCGGAAAACCAUGUCGAUGAUUAGUAGUUUAUGUUGAUUUAUCAAUUCUAAUGAUUGCCGCAUGGUGAUAUAUCAGUAAAAUAUAAUAAAUAAUAUAACUGAUGAA